GAUACAACACCGACACAAUUUUCCUUUCCCUCGCACACCACCUCUUUCUAACAUUACCUACGCUGGACUCAAACAGAAAAUCCUUUCAGGCACGCGGAACUAGGGAUAAAAAUCAAACCUGAAUCCAGCGUGCUUGUCGAUAGACGAAACACCGCAAACGACACCGUAUACGACGUUGAGAAUGGCGAGGGACCGAUUGCCACACUGGCUGCGAAAAUGGCAGAUCAACAAGCAGAAGACAAUUAAAUCAGUGGCCAAGAGUGUGGUUUCAAUUCAUUUUUGUCAGACGCGGCCGUUUGAUACAGAUCCUUCCAUGAGUGGUCAGGCUACAGGGUUUGUGGUUGAUGCGGAAAGGGGGUUAAUCCUUACAAAUAGGCAUGUGGCUUGUGCGGGACCUUUCUGGGGACGGUGUAUUUUUUAUAAUAAUGAAGAGUGCGAUGUUUCAGUGCUUUAUCGAGAUCCUGUGCACGAUUUUGCUUUUUUGAAAUUCGACCCAGAGACGAUCAGGCACAUGAAGAUUAUGGAGCUAGAAUUGGACCCUGAAGGAGCACAAGUGGGUGUUGAAAUUAAAUUACUUGGUAAUCAUGCUAGAGAAAAAUAUAGUUUUCUUUCAGCUUUGAUUAGUCGUGUGGAUCGAAAUGCUCCGGAGUAUGGAGGAUAUAGCGAUUUCAACACAAACUACAUCCAAGCUGCUGCUGCUGCUAGUGGUGGGAGUUCGGGUAGUCCUGUGGUCAAUGCAGCUGGUAAAGUGGUUGCGCUACAGGCGGGCAGGCGUAAGGGCGGUUGGAUAAAUUACUUUCUACCGCUUUAUCGUCCACUGCGUGCGCUGCAAUGUAUCCAAAAUGAUAGACCUGUUACUCGUGGAACUAUCCAAACACAAUGGACGAUUGAGCCGUUUGACGAAUGUCGUCGUCUCGGGUUAACCUCAGAAUGGGAAGAACACGUCCGGAAAAUGGCACCUAAAGAGACAGGAAUGUUGGUGGCGAAGAUAGUCCUGCCAGAGGGUCCAGCUGAUGGCAAACUUCAAGCAGGGGAUAUUUUGCUGAAAGUUAAUGGGGAGUUACUCACCCAAUUUGUGCGACUGGAUGAUAUUCUAGACUCGAAUGUUGAUCAGAAGAUUCGGAUUUCGAUUCAGCGUCAUGGCAAGGAUCUGGAUGUAUAUUGUAUUGUUGGAGACUUACAUGCAAUUACGCCAGAUCGGUUUGUCAGUGUUGCUGGAGGAACGUUUCAUGAUUUGUCGUAUCAGCAAGCUCGUCUUUAUGCUAUUGCAUGUAACGGCGUCUAUGUCUGCGAGGCAGUAGGAUCAUUCAAGAUCGAUGAUGAUACUACAUCAGGCUGGAUUGUUGAUUCAGUAGAUAAACGACUAACUCGGAAUUUACAAGAGUUUAUUGAAGUAAUGAAGACAAUCCCAGAUCGAUCAAAAAUUGUCAUCGCCUACCGGCCUAUCCAAUAUCUUCAUAUGACAGUGACAAGAGUCAUCGAUCUCGACCGGCACUGGCAUCCAAUGAUGUCUCUUGCUGUUCGCAACGAUGAGACCGGUGUAUGGAACUUUUCAGGCAUCGCCAAUCCAAUACCUGCCAAACCGCCAGCUCCACAAAAAGCAGAAUUCACCCAGUUAGGUGGGAACAGCCAGACCGCUACCGCUGAGAUUGUGCGCAGUUUCGUCCGUGUGUCUUGCACCUUGCCUCUGAAGUUGGACGGGUUUCCUAAAACUAAGACGACCGGUUGCGGGUUGGUGAUCGAUGCAGAUAAGGGACUUGUAUUUGUAUCCCGAGCUAUUGUUCCCCACGAUCUAUGUGAUAUCAAUAUCACAGUCGCGGAAUCGAUUAUCGUCACUGGGAAAGUGGUUUUUAUGCAUCCACUACAAAACUACGCUAUUUUGCGAUACGAUCCAGGUCUCGUCCUGGCCCCUGUUCGAAGUGCGCAGCUGAGUACAGAAUACAUAAAGCAAGGUCAAGGCACAAUCUUUGUUGGAUUCGAUAGCAACUUGCGACUUGCCAUUACAAAGACAACCGUAACUCAAAUAACGACGGGCAUUAUUCCAGUCAAUGCUUCGGCUCCACGUUACCGUCCUAUUAAUAUUGAAUCCAUCAUGGUGGACACGGAAUUGAGCACCAUAUGCACAAGUGGUGUUUUAUUAGGAGAAGACGGUAUUGUACAAGCCUUUUGGCUGAAUAUUUUGGGGGCGGACGACUGUGAGUAUAAUCUUGGUCUGGCGACGCCGUCUUUUCUCCCGGUCAUCAGCAAGUUUCAACAAGGUGUAAUCCCUACACUCCGUAUUCUGAAUAUGGAGAGAUGUGUCCUUGAAAUGAGUGACGCGCGGCCUAGGGGUGUGUCAAAUAAAUGGAUUAACGAAGUCGCCAAAGCCGACCCCUCUAGACAACAGUUAUUCAUAGUUGGGAAUUUGGGUAGGCCUCUAUCGUUCGCGCAUGAAGACGAUGAUUUGAGGGUGGGGGAUGUUAUUCUUACUCUAAACGAAAAACUCAUUACGGGAGUCUCAGAUCUUGAUAUUAUGUACGACAAUGAAGUCCUUGAUGCAGUGAUUGUUCGGAACGAGCAAGAAAUGCAUGUCAAGGUUCAUACUGUUCCAACAAAAGAUAUAGAGACGGAUCGAGCUGUGGUGUUUUGUGGAGCUGUAUUACAAAAGCCACAUCUUGCUGUUCGCCAGCAAAUUUCGAAACUUCCUAGUGAGAUUUAUGUCAGCGCAAGAAGCCGUGGUUCACCCGCGCAUCAAUAUGAAUUAUCACCUGCAAAUUUUAUCACUGCCGUCAAUCUCGUCCCAACGGAUGAUCUCGACAGUUUUGUGCAAGAAGUGAAGAAAAUUCCGGAUAAUACCUAUUUCAGUCUUCGAUGCGUUACAUUUGAUAAUAUACCAUGGAUUAUGACCAUGAAAAAGAAUGAUCAUUACUUCGCUAUGUCGGAGUAUGUGAAAGAUACCUCAUCAUCUCCAGCUAGUUGGAAAGUGAUUACAGAUGAGGCGUCUAUGGCUCAAGGUAAUAUCACUGCUGAUGCGAUGGAUGUUGAGCGAGAUGAUUGUUAG